AUGAGCGACCAGAGUUGCAAAAAUGUCAGUGAUUGCACAGUUUCCCGCCUGCUCAAUGUGGUGGAAAGUGAGCUCCAGGCAGGGAGAGAGAAAGGAGACCCCACAGAAAAACAGCUUCAGAUAAUCCUGGAGGAUGCAGCCCUUUGGCAGAGAUUCAAGGAAGCCACUAAUGAAAUGAUUGUGACCAAGAAUGGCAGACGCAUGUUUCCUGUCUUGAAGAUCAGUGUAACUGGGCUGGAUCCCAAUGCCAUGUAUUCUUUCCUGCUGGACUUCACCCCGACUGACAGUCACCGGUGGAAAUAUGUCAACGGUGAAUGGGUGCCAGCCGGCAAACCCGAAGCUUCCAGCCACAGCUGUGUCUACAUCCACCCAGAUUCUCCCAACUUUGGUGCCCACUGGAUGAAAGCCCCUAUCUCCUUCAGCAAAGUGAAGCUUACCAACAAACUCAAUGGAGGUGGGCAGAUAAUGCUGAACUCUCUGCAUAAAUACGAACCCCAGGUUCACAUUGUUCGAGUUGGCAGUACUCACCGGAUGGUGAUGAAUUGCUCCUUUCCUGAAACUCAAUUCAUAGCUGUGACUGCCUAUCAGAAUGAGGAGAUAACGGCACUCAAAAUCAAGUAUAAUCCAUUUGCCAAAGCCUUCUUGGAUGCCAAGGAACGAAACCAUCCAAAAGAUGCUCCAGAAGUUAUCUCAGAGGGUCAGCACAUUACAUAUUCCCACUUAGGAGGUUGGCUUAUUUCUAAUCCAGAUGCGGUGUGCACAUCAGGAAACUCCAACUACCAGUACCCUGCUCCCCUGCCUUUGGCUGCUCCGCACUCCCACCAUGGCUGUGAACACUACUCUGGUCUCCAUGGACACAGGACAGCUCCCUACCCUCCUCCUUACAUGCAUAGAAACCAUUCUUCCUCAGUGAACUUGAUAGAGAGCUCAAGCAAUAGCCUGCAAGUUUUUUCUGGAAACAACAGCUGGACUUCUUUAUCCUCCACUCCCCAUGCGCUCUCAGUCCCCCACACCAACGGAGCAGCCUCUCCCCGGCCCAGUCACUACCCUUGCCUAUGGACCAUCAGUAACAGCGCUGGGAGUUCUGCUGACCCAGGCCCAUCUGUGCAUACCAGCUCUUCGGGUACAUUUCUCCUAGGCAAUACAGCUCUCUCCCCACCCUCUUCCUUGACCCCCAUCCAGGUACCCACUUGUGCCAGCGUGGAUGCCAUGGGGGAGUCCUCCCUCUCCAGCAUUGCUGUGUCCACAUGGACAUCAGUAACAUCCCAUUCCUUCUGAUGGGGGAAACAUUUUCUCAAACCUGAAAAUUAAGACCUGGGGGGGACCAUAUACUGAAACUAUAUCUGAUGAAUCCAAAUGGAUCGGACUGCAAAUGAUUCUUUCUGUUCUUAAAGGAGACAAAUUAUCUUGCUGAGGGGAGAAGGAAGAUUAGUACUCUAACAUUGGGAUGAAUUGGGGGAGCUGGAAUGAGUAUAAUAAGUUUUUUGAGUUAGGUUAAUGUUAAAAUGUUAAAAUUAGUUUAGGCUUCCCUUUUCUAUGCUCAGAACAGAUAGGGGAGACUAAACUUCAAUUAUCUUUUGAAGACAAAGUAGUAUGAAGAGUGUUGUGUGUGUCUGUGUAUGGGAAUGCUGCUAGAUAUUAUUGUUAGUAAUUUAUUGGAUUUUUUGGCCAAGUUUUUCAAGAGUCAAGAGGAAUAACUAUAAAGAAUUAUAGUUCUGAAACUCUGGGGAUAGCUGCAUUUUAGGCAUAUCCUAUCUAGUUGUAUGCAUUUCAAACAUUUUUCUCUCAGAUCCAGUUCAAUAGUUAAGAUAAUGCUAAUUGUGUAUCACUUCCCUACCUUUUUCUUUAACUGUUUUACUCCUACAGAGUUACUGUUAGUACCUGUUACUCUGUGACUAAGUGGUACAGUGGAUAGAGAGCUUCUCCUGAAGUCUGGAGUUUAAAUUUAGUCUGAGUUC